UAUGCAAAAAAGCGCCGAUGACAUGUUAUCGUAUUCUGGUGCAUGACCAUUCGCGUUUUUUCGGAUCUUUGGUCUUAGCAUGCGUGAGCCAUGCCAGAAGCGGGGUACCAAACAACAAUUUCGCAAUUGAAGCGCUAGGCCAGCCCCCACUUCGCUUCGCUGCUAAAUCCAUCUUUCAAACUUUAAAUCGUUCGUUGACGGCAUGCUGCCCUGGCCGGUUGCAUUGCCGCAGGAUGCAAGCAGGAUGGGCGCACCGCCGUCAAUUACGGAAGGUAUGCGCGAUGCUGUUCUUGAGGCUGCUGCUGCUGCUGCAGAGCGAGGCAUGGGAGGUUGCAAUGUCACUUUGCAAUGCUCGGAGCAUCAGACGAGUGCCAGCAGUCAACGAUGCAAGCCGCGGUCCGCUGUGGGACGCUUGGGCCUGGGCGGAUGCUCGCAUGGCCGUUGCAGAGCGGAGACUGGCCUCGUGGAACUCUGGAACGCUAAUCCACAACGUUGCGGGAGUUUAAUUGCACCUUUUGGCCGCCUGAUACUCGACGUUCUUUGGCUGCUGGCCCGGCAGUUGCAUAGCAGCCUAGGUCGGAGAUGCCCACCCGCCACGAUUGAAGGCCACGAUAGAGGGACUGCGGCUGAGCACAUGCUGCCGAGAUAGGGCCUUCCGCUGAUACGACCAUCUCCAGACGUUGGCGAAGACGUGGGUCGCUCAUCUGAGUACACCGCAAGACCCGGGCCUGACCCGCUUCUUCGUCCAUGAGUGUACCGGGCCAUGAUUGGCUGCAUCCUGAUAGUGCGCCGCCGCAGUGCUGCUUUUCAUCCGGAACCAGGGUCAGCGCCGGCUGCCAUCGCGACAAUGACUUGCGGUGUAGUACACCCUCACGCGGUGGAGAAGGAAUUUCCAACAUGUCCCUUCGUAUCCUUGUUUC